AUGCUGUUUACCUCUACCGCCAUUGAAACUUGGGGCAAAAGAAUUAGGAUGGAACAAGUCUCUGAUAGUUUCCUCCGAACAUUCAGUUACAACAUCGUCGGGGACGGCACACCUGCCGCAAUCAUUCCCCUGCUGACUGGGAAAACAGAGUUGGAGCUGCCUGAAGCAAGGAUCAAAUUCGCGCCAAAUAAACUCAUCGAUCCCGAGAACAUCAUGUUCAGGAUCCUCAAGAAAUACGGCUACCACACGGCGUACUUCGAGGACAUGCCAUGGAUAGGCACGUUCCAGUAUCGCUACAACGGGUUCAAGUCCCAGCCGGCCGACCACUACCUGAGGGCGUUCUUCCUCGAGGAGUCGAAGUACGGGGUGAAGUGGUGGAACGGUAUCAACAGAAGGCACUGCGUCGGCGCCGUGCCCCAGUACCGGUUCCUGCUCAAUCUCAGCGAGCAGUUCACGGGUUUGGAGGACAAACACUUCUGCUUCACCUUCAUCGCGGACAUCACCCACGAGAACUUCAACAUGAUAACCACGUCCGAUGACGACGUCGUUUCGUUCUUGCGACACAUGAAGUCGUCCGGCAAGUUGAGGAAUCAUCUGUUGAUCGUCAUGGGUGAUCAUGGCAGCAGAUACUCCCCCCUACGGGAGACUUAUCAGGGCAAAAUGGAGGAGCGUCUGCCGCUGAUGGCGAUAAUUCUACCGGAGAUGUUCAAACAGAGCCGACCCGAAGCCUUCACUGGAUUGAAGGCGAACGCCCGAAUUCUGACAACACCUUUCGACAUCCACACGACGAUCGUCGACGUGAUGGGGUUAGACGAGCUCGCCAACGACUACGCGGUCCCAGGUUCGGAUCUACCGAGAGGUCUGAGCCUCUUAGAACCAAUCCCGAAGAUUCGAACCUGUGGCCAAGCGGCGGUGCUCUCGCACUGGUGCGUGUGUAGCAAAUGGUACAACGUCUCCUCAUCGGAGCCAAUUCACAGUGGGGCCGCCAAGGCGCUCGCGGCGUUUGUCAACAAUAUAACGGAGGAGAUGCGAUCGAAAUGCAUCGAGAGGAGGUUUAUCGCCGUUGAGUGGGUGAUGCGUCUGGGCUCUAACGAAGACUUACUGAGCUUCCGCUACGGCAGCGACGGCGACGGACUCCACGACAAGUAUGUCACCGCUGCGGCCAAGUCCCGUCCCAACAGCGAAACUUAUCAGGCGAAGAUUGUGAUGAGCCCCGGCAGAGCAGUGUUCGAGGGCUCAAUGAAGUACAACCACAAGACGAAACAAUUCGUCAUCAACGAGGACGACAUCUCUCGGAUAACAGCAUACGGCGAUGAGCCGAAAUGCAUCAGCUCGACGCAUCCGCAUCUCAACAAGUUUUGCUUCUGCAGAGAGAUGCAGACGAAAGUGUUAGUUGUGCAA